GGAAAGCUGAGGCUUUGUUAUUUUCCACAUAAUACUAUACUAGCGACGCUCAAGACACGUACAAUUACAGGACGCAAGCGUUGCUGCAAGAGGAACUCGCCAAACCAACUCGGCUUGCUAAACUAUAGCGCACGACCUCCCUAUAUUUCAGCGGCUUGGCAGCAUGCCGCAGACGCCUCCACGUUCUGGGGGGUACCGCUCCGGAAAGCAGAGCUAUGUAGACGAGUCUUUAUUUGGAGGUAGCAAGCGGACUGGCGCUGCUCAGGUUGAGACGCUGGACAGCUUGAAGCUGACUGCGCCUACGCGCACCAUCAGCCCUAAGGACCGGGAUGUGGUGACCCUAACGAAGGGCGACCUAACGCGCAUGCUGAAAGCGUCGCCUAUUAUGACAGCUGAGGACGUGGCGGCGGCCAAGCGUGAGGCGGAGGCCAAGCGGGAGCAGCUGCAGGCGGUUUCAAAGGCGCGUAAGGAGAAGAUGCUGAAGCUGGAGGAGGAGGCUAAGAAGCAGGCGCCGCCCACCGAGACGGAGAUCCUGCAGCGCCAGCUCAACGACGCCACCCGCUCGCGCGCCACGCACAUGAUGCUGGAGCAGAAGGACCCCGUCAAGCACAUGAACCAAAUGAUGCUCUACUCCAAGUGCGUCACCAUCCGCGACGCGCAAAUUGAGGAGAAGAAGCAGAUGCUGGCGGAAGAGGAGGAGGAGCAGCGGCGGUUGGACCUGAUGAUGGAGAUUGAGCGCGUCAAGGCGCUGGAGCAGUACGAGGCGCGCGAACGGCAGCGCGUUGAGGAGCGGCGCAAGGGCGCGGCGGUGCUGUCAGAGCAGAUCAAGGAGCGUGAGCGUGAGCGCAUCCGGCAAGAGGAGCUGCGCGACCAAGAGCGCUUGCAGAUGCUGAGGGAGAUUGAGCGGCUCAAGGAGGAGGAGAUGCAGGCACAGAUUGAGAAGAAGAUCCAGGCGAAGCAGCUCAUGGAGGAGGUGGCGGCGGCGAACUCGGAGCAGAUUAAGCGGAAAGAGGGCAUGAAGGUCCGCGAAAAGGAGGAGGACCUGCGCAUUGCGGACUACAUCCUGCAGAAGGAGAUGCGCGAGCAGUCGCUGGCUGCCGAGAAGGAGCGCAUCGCCAAGGAGAAGGAGAUGGAGACGGCGCGCCUGCGCGCCAUGCAGGAGCGCGCGGCAGACAAGCAGUCGGAGCUGGACGAGCUGCGCGCGCGGCGGUACCAGGAGGCGAAGGAGCGCGAGUGGCGGCAGAAGGAGCGCGCGUACGCGGAGCGGCAAGCGUCCAUGCAGCAGGAGCUAGCGAAUGCGCGCACGGCACAGCAGGCCUCUAAGCUGAAGCAGAAGGCGGAGAUGGCGCGGCUGGAGCACGACGAGUUCAUGCGCGUGCUGGACGUGAACCGCGCUAAGGAGUACGAUGAGCUGCAGCAGACCGUGAACGCAAUGACGUUGAACUCCAAGUACAAGGAGGAGCUGCUCGCACAGAUCCAGGCCAACGAGGAGCGCCGCAAGCGUGAGCGGUCGCACUACCUGGAGGAGGGCGCUCGGCUACGCGAGGCGGCAGAGAAGGAGCGGCAACUGCUGCUGCAGAUUAAGGAUCGGAAACUCGGGGAGCUGGAGUCGGCAGGCGUGCCCGGCAAAUACCGCGCGGAGCUGGAGAAGAUGAAGAUUAGGAGCUGAGCUGUCCGCUGAGCCCAUUUCGGUGUGAUUACAGUGUGUGUGAGUCUGUUGUUGGUGUAGGGCUAGGACUUUCUGGACACAACUAAGCGGUGAGCACGGGGGUCUUGGUGGCCUGCUCUAAUAGGUGCGGGUAGUUAAGUCCCAGGCGGCUGUAGCUGAACAAAAGCAUAUAGAUGAGACAUAACUUUCACCAAGCGUAGGCAGGAUGCUUAGGUAGACAAUAGAGUGAUUGCUGCGCCGCUGUGUAUGACGAAGGCUUGUGUGCUGUAGCCGUGAAGGAGGUGGGGCGGGCUGGGCUGCAGUCGGUGCUAUUCCUAGUGUACCUGAUGCAGCAUUGAGACGUUUUGCGUGCGCCGCCGACAAGGCUUGGCAUUCCAUAUUGCUCCGUGCGCCGCCCUCACUAGUCCUUGUGGCAUCGCACACCCCAGUGGCGAAGCCAGGCAAGCAGGGGCAAGCCGCCCCUCUCUCAGUCUCUCUUCUGGAACUGCAAGCUCCUGCAGCGACCGCGCAGCACCCGGGGAUAGCUUUCCAACAAAACAGCUGGCAAUGCUUGAGGUGACAACUGAGCGAGCCGGCCAGGGGUGUCGGAGAGCGGGGAAUGUGCUUGAUGCGAUGCGGAUGCCACGGCCCCGAACGGGA